AUGCCUUCGACCGAUAACUUUUACAUCCACCACGAUGGGUACUCGCUCCUGUUCAACUGCGCGCGCCGCACUGCGGACCGUUGGAACUACACCCUGGGCAAGGAGAAGGGCAAUCCGACUCGUCCGUCUGCAUUCUACUCCGAUCCGGAUGUGUCCAAGGACUGCCAGCAAAAGUCGGUCAAGCCGUACCCCUCAUCUGCGUCAAGUGGCAUCUCGUACGACCGUGGCCACUUGGUUGCGAGCGCCCACAUGACGGACAGCGUCGAGCAGCGCCGCCAGUCGCACUACAUGACGAACAUCGCUCCACAAGUAGCAUCGUUCAACCGCGGCAUCUGGGAGAAGACGGAAGGCAUCGAAGCGUGCCAUCGCGAUCUGCAGCCCCUCUCGACGUGGGGAGGUUUGAUUUACACGGACGCGUCGAACGACUACUUCUUGGAGUCCCACGGCGUCCAAACACCCGAGUUCUGGUGGAAGGUCGUCCUGUCCAAGAACGCGGAUGGCACCGACAAGAUCAUUUCGUGGAUGUUUCCCAACCGGGACGGGCUCGGCGCGUUGGACGAGUAUUUGGUGUCUGUGCACGACAUCGAGGCCAAGCUCAACGACAACUUGGGUCCGAUCCCGGUGCCUGCUGCGCUCAAGUCGUUCAAGGCACCGUCGAGCUGGUUACUUCCCCAAGGGUGCAGUCGCAAAGGCAGCAAGGAGCCGCCCACGACUGCGCCUUCCCCGGCCACACCCACUCCUCUGAACCCGACGGUUGCUCCCACUAAUGCACCAACCGGAGCUCCAACUCCUGCGCCUACUCCGCCCCCCACGUCGGCACCCACGAGUGCCCCUACCGACACCCCAACCAUUGCACCCACGUCGGCUCCGACUGACGCUCCCACGGAUGCACCAACGUCUGCCCCCACCCCAGCACCCACUCAAGCAACCGCCUCGCCACCACCUACGAGCCCAACCUCGCCCAACUUUGAUGUUCGCUACGACGGAUUUUGGCUCUCGUACAGCUGUGAGCGUCGCACCGCCGACCGUUGGGCCUACACCUUGACCAAGGACAAGAAGAACGCGGUCAAAACGGCCCAGUACACUUUCGACAAAUCGAUGAAAUUGGAGUGCCAGCAAAAGUCGUUGAAGGGGUACAACUCGUUGUACGACCGCGGCCAACUAGUGUCUGCGGCGCUCAUGAGUGACAGCAAAGCGCAGAGCUCCCAGACGUUCUUCAUGACGAACGUGGCCCCUCAGUACGGCCAGUUCAACCAGGGUUUGUGGAGCCGCGUUGAAAAGGUCGAAGCGUGCUAUCGUAAUGCCCAGAACGUGUCCACGUUUGGGGGCCUCAUCUUCACGGCCGAGUCAAACGACUUGUUUAUGGCGUCCCACGGAGUUCGCACGGCCAGCUUUUGGUGGAAAGCAAUUUGGACCAAAGAUUCGAACGGCAGCGACAUGAUCCUCGCGUGGAUGUUCCCCAACGAAAAGCUCGUCAACGACGCCAACAAGUAUUUGGUCUCGGUUGCGGAAAUCGAAGCCAAGCUCAACGAUGACCUGGGGCCGAUUCCCGUGCCGGCCAGCCUCAAGAACCAAAAGGCACCGACGAGUUCUCUUCCUGGGUGUUCCAUCUAGUUCGUUCGACACAUUGAAUUUAUCACCAUAAUCUGCAUCCCCAA